CCAAGCGAACGUUGGAGAGUAAUGGCGGCGUGCCGGGGGUCUUCGUCGAAAUGGUUUUUCACCCGGGAACAGCUCGAAAACACGCCGUCUCGCCGAGGUGGAGUAGACGCAGAUCGAGAACUCUCCUACCGACAGCAAGCGGCAAAUCUGAUCCAAGAUAUGGGUCAAAGACUCAACGUCUCUCAAUUAACAAUAAACACAGCAAUCGUUUACAUGCAUAGAUUUUAUAUGCACCAUUCUUUCAGCAAAUUCCAUAGGAAUAUAAUCUCUCCAACCACUCUAUUCUUGGCUGCAAAAGUGGAAGAGCAACCUCGGAAACUCGAACAUGUAAUCAAAGUUGCACAUGCUUGCCUAAAUCCCCAAGAACCGCCUCUAGACACAAAAAGUAAUGCAUACCUCCAGCAAGCUCAAGAGCUGGUGAUACUUGAAUCCAUAGUGCUGCAGACCCUGGGCUUUGAAAUAACUAUUGAUCACCCACACACUGAUGUGGUGAAAUGUACCCAGCUAGUGCGAGCAAGCAAGGAUCUGGCACAGACUUCCUAUUUCAUGGCUACCAACAGGUUGUUAUCCUGCCCCUCUUUGUUGCACUUUGACUGCACACCAUAGCUUCCUGUAAUGCAGGGUACCCUUUCAGUGUCCAACCGGCCCUACUUGCGCUGGUGGUUGUUGGGACGCUUGCCUCCUCCCCUCAGCUCCCCUCCCUUCUUCCAAGGUAGCGGGACGUGGUGGCUUGUAGCGUUACCGGCCCCAGUUGCAGUGCGGUGUAUUGUACAAGGGACCACGUGUUGGCACAGAUGGGUUGAAUGCAAAAUGUGAAGUGUAGUGGUGCGCUUGAAACCCACACGUUUGUUCGGUUGCGAAAAAGUGCAUAAUUCUAAAAGAAAGACACUUUGGUAGCCUGAAUAGCAGCUAAAGAUUUCACAGAUGUAAACAUUUCUCAUAGAGGGCCUUCCGUCUGCACCUCACUACCUUCUGCCUCCAGUACAAGCCCACAGUGAUUGCCUGUGUGUGCAUCCAUCUGGCGUGCAAGUGGUCCAACUGGGAGAUCCCGGUUUCUACUGAUGG